UCGCCAAAAUUUCAAAGCCAUUUAUUUCAAUUUUUCAAAACAUUUUGCUGUUAGGUGUUUAAAUCUUCCAGUGACUGGUCACUCAUUUGAGGACACUCUGCUUAUGGCAGCAGCUGUCAAACACGGCCUUCCACCUGAAGCGGGCAUCAUUGAGUUCAAGGUUACUGCAGGCAAACUAGGAAUAAACUUGGACUGUGUAAAGGAACAUCUGAAGAGGUUUGUGGUCCUGGAUUCAGAUAAGGAUGGUCGCAUUUCACUGAAGGAUUUUGCAAUGCAUUACAAGUUACCUCUGUCAUCACCUGUCAAAGAGCUAUUUUCAAUCUUUGACAGGGAAAAUCAAGGCGUCGUUGACUUCAGAGAAUAUUUGAUAGGAUCGGUUUGUUUGGUCAGGUUAGCAGCUAACAAGGAGGUGGUUGAUAGUGCAUUAAAGGUUCUACAGGAAUACAGCAAGCCAAAACAAAGUUUCAUUUGUGGUAGCAAACAAGAAGAUAUUCUGAAAAGCAUUUUAAAGAUCAUUGACGACACCUACUCUGAUAACCAUAACGUGAGGAGUAGAAACGAAGAGUUUCAAGACUUUUUGUCCAAUCAUGAUGAAUUAACUGUUUUACUGUCCAGUUUACUACCUCCUGUUGAAAAUCACGNUUCCCCUUCUCUUCAACUGAAGCGUGGAAAUUGUUUCAGGUUCUACAGGAAUACAGCAAGCCAAAACAAAAUUUCAUUUGUGGUAGCAAACAAGAAGAUAUUCUGA